GUGAUGCACCCCUUCCUCUCUCUCUUACUUUAUCGCUUCCCUUUCUCUUUCUCUCUCUAGGAAAUUUCCGGCCAUUUUUACUCUGCUUUAUCUCAGAUUCUCAGGAAGCUUUCUGUUUCAUGGAGAAAGUGAAGAGGCAAGGGGGUGAAAUGGAGGACGACGACGGCGGGACGGUUAAGCGGCGCAAAACGGAGACUGUUCGCGACGGCGUCAUUGAAGACGCCUACGACGGCGGAGACAUGAUGGAGUGGCUGACACUCGAUGACGAUGCAAUGUUGGAGCUAUCCAAGCUAUUGGACCCUGAGGAGCCGCCGGAGAGCUUCAAAGUCCGGUUCUCCGACGACCCCUACCUGUACUCGCCGCCAGUCAUUUCCCGGUCGACGGCGUACGUCACCAUCAACGGAAAUGAGGAAUCGUGCGGCUCCUCGUUCUCGGACUUGGACUCCUCCGUCAUGGCCAGCGUCGACAUCGGAGGCAGCGGCGGAGUCGUCGGGGGCUGGGCGAAGGAGUUCGGAUGCGCGUGGGGAAGCGACGCGUUCGGGGCGCGUGGGUGGUUGGCGGAUGCCGACGUUUCGGAAACGGAAAGACUUGUUGUCAAAGAUAUGGAGGACCGUGAUGGGUCAUGGCUUUGGGUCAACGACGCCGAUCAGAGUAAUGAUGACUCUGUUUUGGCGAACUUUCUGGGUGAAAUGUGAAAAGUAUUUCUCAUCUUUUGAUCUUUUUGGGGGGUGAUCUGUAAUUAGUAGAAAGUAGAAGGAUUACUUGUAAACUUGCUUCUCGGGUUAGGGUUUAAAGGCUUUUGCAGUGGGUUUUGGAAAUAUUGUGAUCUAUCGAUCUUGAAAUUGAAGUGAAGAUUUGAAAAGUGCAUGGACGACCAAAGCAUAGUGUGAACGGAACGAUUUUACUCGUUUUCGUCUUUCUGAUUUUUUUUUUGUUAUAAACGUUGAAAAAAUUUAGAGGCCGUUUGGUAACAUUGUUUUUUGGCUUAUCAGGCUUAUUAGCCAACUUUUUCACCAAAUACGUAAAUUUUGCUUUCGCGCGUUGAAUUGUGUAAUAAGCAGAAAAAGUAAGGUUGAAGUUACUUUUCUGGCUGUAUUUUCUGAAGUUACUGUGGAUGAUCAUUUUGGC